AUGGAAAAGGAGAGCAAAGCGUCCACCCAGUAUGGAUCCCUGGAGUCAACCAAGUGGAGAGCAGCUGAUUCAGGCAAAGAGGACGAAAUCGUGUCCAUGGCUGACUCUACAGCUACCAUUGGUGACAUUGAAGGAGAACUUUUCAAAAUCGAGAGGAUCCGGGAAGUCCUGGUGCGCAGGGAGUCGGAGCUCAGAUACAUGAUGGAUGACAUCCAGCUCUGUAAGGAAAUCAGCAGGUUGAAAAAGGAAUUGCAGAAGCUGAUUGCACUGCCAGAGAACAAGAAAUCAAAGGAAGACAAACAGCAGGAGGAGGAGUUAGUGCAGCAGAUUCACAAACUUGUGGAGACUCGGGACUUCCUUGUGGAUGAUGUGGAGUUUGAAAGGCUCAGAGAACGAGAAGAAGACAAGGAAAUGGCUGAGUUUUUGAAGACCAAACUCUCUAAAACCUGCCUUCUGAAAACAGCUUCUGUAAAAGAAAAGAAGACGGCAUCGAGAGGACAACAGACCUCUACACCGUAUGUCACAAAGACAGGCCUCACCCUUCUGAAGGAGUGCUGCGGCUUCACCUGCUCAGUCAUGUAGGCUGGGGCUGUUGCCCAAAUCCCUCCCCCUCAAAC